GCAAGCAGCAGACCAAAUGAAAGCAUAUACAGCGGACACUCGCCAGUCAGUUCUUCCAGUGCAAUCUCCUAACGUGGGUCUACCACUUCUUCUCAAGUGCAAUAUAAUUGGAUAGAGUGUGUUUGCGAUCUCCGAUCAGCAUAGACCAAAAAAUUCCUCCUGGACUAUAACCACUUGGACAUAGUUACCAGGCAAUAUCAACACAGCUAGGCCCUGCCCUUCUUGGAAUACUGCAUUCGUUUGCAACUUUAAUAAUACACCAUGGAAAGUUCUGUUUCUACAAGAAAAGUAAAGCAUGUAUCGUCCUCAAGCAUGAUGGCAACAGGAAAAGGUACAUUGGAUUACGCUAACGCACUGGACACACAUGUCAACUACCAAAAACUAAGCGCCAAGUCAAAGAAGCUUAUUCGUCGCACCUAUGAGAUGGGAGAUAGCUUCGUCGGAGCUAAGCAACUAUAUGAAGCUCGCAUUGAGGAGUUGGAGGAAGAGUUGGAUGCAGAACGACAAGCUCGCAGCAAAGUUGAGAAGCAGCGUACAGAGCUGAGCCAUGAAUUGGAAGACCUUAGUGAGCGUCUUGAGGAACAGGGCGGCGCCACCGCUGUCCAGAUUGACCUCAACAAGAAGCGGGAGAGUGAGAUAGCCAAAAUGAAGCGUGAACUCGAAGAUGCACACAUGCAGAGUGAAGCCACAAGCCAGCAGCUACGCAAGAAACACCAAGAUGCGGUCUCCGAGCUCAGUGAACAAGUUGACGCCCUCAACCGUACCAAAUCUAAGAUCGACAAAGAACGCCAAACUCUGAAGAUGGACGUUGAGGACCUCAUCACAAACGUUGAAAGCCUCCAGAAAUCCAAGAACAAUGCAGAAAAAUUCUCACAUCAACUUGAAGGCCAGCUGAGCGAGGCAAAUGGCCGUGCCGAUGACCUCUCUCGAUCCAUUGCUGAGCUCAACAACCACAAACAACGAAUGACAAAUGAGAACGCUGAACUCCUUCGUCAGCUUGAAGAAAGUGAGAGCAGCUUGGGCUACGCCUCCAAACAGAAGAACCAAUUGGCUGCUCAGAUUGAAGAGCUUAGACGCCAGUUGGAUGAGGAAGCAAGGGCUAAAUCACAAUUAAUGUCCCAAAUCAAGAAUCUCAACGCCGAGGCUGACCAGCUCCGUGACCAGGCAGAAGAGGAGGCCGAAGGCCGUGCCGAAGUCCAGCGUCACCUUAGCAAAGCCAAUGCUGAAAUCCAAGCCAUGAAAGCCAAAUACGAGGGCGACCACAUGGCUCGUGCUGAAGAACUUGAGGAGGCCAAAAGGAGGUUGCAGAUCAAGCUGACUGAACUGGAAGACCAGCUGCAAAAUGCUCUCUCAAAGAACUCCACCCUUGAGAAAACUAAACAACGUCUCACAGCUGAAAUUGAGGAUCUUCUCCUGGAAGUUGAGAGGGCUAACAGCAUGGUCAAUGCACUUGAGAAGAAGCAGAAGAAGUUCGAUCAAAUCCAGGCCGAAUGGAAGGCAAAGGUUGAUGAGAUAAGCGCGGAACUUGAUACCUCUCAGAAGGAAGGCCGCUCGUACGCUGCGGAACUAUUCAAAUUCAAAGGAUUAUACGAAGAAACACUUGCUGUCUCUUAUACACAUCUAGAUGUGUAUAAGAGACAGAUCAUCACAUAUGAGAUCCACGACCUUACCGAUCAACUCGGAGAAGGUGGAAAGAGCAUCCAUGAGCUGGACAAAAUCCGCCGCAGACUUGAGAUGGAAAAGGAAGAGCUCCAGACCACCAUCGAUGAGGUUGAAUCACAACUUGAACAAGAAGAGAGCAAGGUUGUCCGACUCCAACUGGAGAUCACCCAAGUCAGGGCCGACAUUGAACGCCGUCUGGCAGAAAAAGAUGAAGAGUUUGAAGUUGUCAGAAAGAGCCAUGCCCGUGAGAUUGAAUCGUUGACAUCCACUCUGGAGUCAGAGACCCGCCAACGCAAUGAGGCCAUGAAACUGAAGAAGAAGCUUGAGUCUGAGGUCAACGACCUUGAGAUUCAAUUGGACCACACCAACAAGAACCUUGCUGAGGCAAUCAAGAACAAUAAGAGACUGCAAGGAACUGUCAAGGAUCUCCAAGCUCAAUUAGAGGAUGAAAUGCGUCAACGGGAUGAGCUUCGUGAUCUAUACCACCUGAGCGAGCGCAAAUGUAAUGUACUCAGCACUGAACUUGAGGAGCUUCGUGCCCAGCUUGAACAAGCAGAGAGACUGCGCCGCAGCGCCGAGGCUGAGCUGUCUGAUGCCAACGACCGCAACACAGAGAUUGGUGCCCAGAACCAUUCACUUGCCGGACAAAAGAGAAGACUUGAGCAAGAAUUGCAGAGCGCUCGCGCAGAAGCAGAUGAGGCAUCUGCCGAGGCCAGAGCCAAUGACGAUAAGGCCAAGAAAGCUAUCUCUGAUGCCACAAGACUUGCUGAGGAGCUUCGCCACGAACAAGAUCAAUACUCCAUCAGUGAGAAGAACCGCAAAGUAUUGGAGGUUACCGUAAAGGAACUGCAAAUCCGCAUUGAGGAGGCUGAGGCUCUUGGAAUCAAGGCUGCCAGACGCCAAAUGCAGAAACUUGAGUCCAGGAUUCGGGAAGUUGAGCAUGACCUUGAUGCAGAACAGCGCCGCCGAUGUGAGAUCGACAAGAACAUGCGCAAGGGAGAACGCCGAAUUAAGGAAUUGACCCUGGUCAUUGAGGAUGAACACAAAUGCCAGGAACACUUGCACGAGGCUGUUGAAAAAUGGUCAAUGAAAUGCAAGACGAUGAAGAGACAGUGUGAGGAAUUGGAAGAACAUGCUAAUAACAACUUGGCUAAAUUCAAGCGAGCCCAGACAGAGCUUGAGGAAGCCGAAGAACGUGCUGAUGUUGCCGAAAGUUCGCUGCAGAAGCUUCGUGCAAGACAUCGCAGUGCCAUGACACAACGCACAACUACCACGGUUAGUUCUGGCUAUUCAUCAAUUAGAUCUUAUUCUCGCAGUAGUGAUCAUAGAGAUUCAUUAUCAAACUGUGGAAGCGUUUACAAAGAGCAACAUGAAGAAGAAGAGGAAGGAGAAGAAUAAUGUACAAGAAGUUACAUAAAAAAAUUAAAAACAAAGCUGAAUCUAUAAACAAAAUUUUUAAUUUCUCCCCUUAUAAUAUUAUUAUUGAAAUUAAUAUUACUGCAGUCCCUGACAGCAGUGUAUGAACUCUGACCUCCGUACCUUCUCUCACUAACUGUAGAAGGUGGACUAGAGUGUCUUAACUGUUAAUAACAAUUAUAUUAAAUAAAUAAAUAUAUGUAAAUUAAUCCUAAUAGUUUAUUUAUAAUAGUUUAUAGAGUAUUUAUAGCAAAAUAUUUAAGCAAUAUGAAAAAUUGAUUUUUGAGUGAUUUAAUUGGUAUGAUAAGUAAAAAAAAAUUCUGGUAAUAUAAAAGUUUACCAGAAAAUUAAUUGCAUUCAUCCGCCCAGUGCCUUAUGUUCAGAAAGGAGAUAACUUUCUUGUUAAUCUGAUGGAACGUGUUCAAUGUAUUGGUAUUUAUUUCUUAUGACCUAUGCAAAAAUUUAGUCUGAUAUGACAAAUUAUUAAAAAUUGUAAAUUCAUUUAUAAAUGAUAACAGAAUACUGGCUAACAUGACCGAUGGUCCACCUUAUAGUUUAGCCUAAGAGUGAUUAAUGGCGGUAGUGAAGAGAAGAAAUAGAAGAAAACAAAAGAUACUCUUGUUCUAAGAACAAGUUGGAUGUUUGAUAUUGAGAACCAUUUUUAGAUGCUUGAAUGCUUUUUUUAAUCAUUAUUUUAUUGUUAUUUUUGUCUUUUGUAAUUUUGUGUUGAUUGACAACUAGAGGAGACAAUUUCCUUGAUGGAAUUCUCCUGUAGUAUGGGUUUUUAUCUUUUAGUUAGGGGCAGCCAGUAUAUGGUUAAAUAAAGAGCGCCCUCUAUAGGACUGAACCUGCUGUUAUGUCUAACCAUGUUAACUUGCAUUGGUAAUUAUAUGCAUCACAAUAAAUUAGCAUAGCGAAGCACCAGAUAAGAAAAGCUGUUUGGUCUCUCACAUUGUUUUCUUCUUGGUCCGUAUUCGACUGAAAAACAUGAUUGUGCGAGAUGAACAGAAGAAAGAUAUUAUAGGAAUCGAGAAUGAUGUUUGUUGUUGAAAGCAUCUGCUGUACAUUGGUGGCAACUCAAUAAAAAUUAGAAUUAUAAAGAAA